GUUAUAUCAUAUUCUUAUUGAUUAUCAUAGCGUCCAUCAUAGUUGGUAUAUUAAUAACUAUGUUUAAAAUACCUCAAAUCAAAUUUAAUGGGACUAUAAGGCGUCCUAAUGGUUAUUCUCAGUUUGAAAAAUCGAAUCAUUCUCUUGCAUUUAAUAUUCAUUUAGGUCUUAAUAUGAGUAUCAUCAAUGAUAAUCUAGAAAGCAUUACUUUUGAAUCCAUUAGAGCUAUUGUUUAUUACCCUAUAGAUUCUAAAAGAUCAAUAAUAGGAGCAGGUCUUAUAUUCGACUUGCACGUAAAAUCAUUUGGGACAGUCUACUUUAAUUUUCCCUGUUCAAUAAACUAUGAUCCACUAAAAGAUGAAGGAUUUAUUAUAUUGACUGAUAUUGCUACUAAAUGCGGCUUAUUAAAUGAGUUGAAAAAAGAAGAUUUAUAUGUUGAGUACGACUUGAUUUCAACUAUGAAAAUUGCAGGUAUAAGUGUAUCAUCUAUUAGUUAUCAAUCACUUUAUGUUCCCUGUCCUAUCUCUACCGUAAGUGAAUAA